AUGUCGGAUCCGGCUGCACAGGAUGCUGCUGCCACGCUCUCGCGGGUGGCCAACUCGGGCGCUCCGAUCGCUUCAACUUCGUCCUCCGCGGUAUUAGCCGCCGCCGCGCUUAUGGCUGGCAGCAAUCCCAGCGCCAGUACGGGCAACAACACCUCCCAGGACGCCGAGACGAGCGAUGUCGCGAUCCCGGAUCCAACCUUGACGGCAGUCGCUUCUCCGAAUGCACAAAUGCCGGCCAACUACAACAAGGUAAGGCAGCUUCAGCGCCCCUCUUCGGCACGAGCGGCUGUCGUCGUCCAAGCGCGGGCGAUCCCCAAGCCUAUGGUCAGGCUCGUGGUUUCACCAACCCAGAACACCGAGCGCUCCUCAUCGCAGCAUCUCCCUGA